AGAGAGUGGAAAAUGAUGCAGUAAUUAAAUUAGAGCAUGAGACGCAUUAUCAUCACUAAUGUAAGCAAUUAAACAAGAGAGGUUGACGCAUCAGCGCUAUUCUUUGUUUUAGUUUGAGACGGGAACCACGUAACCUGAAAAUCUUGUGCAGCUCCUCCACCUGUGCACCACAAACAAAUACUAUCGUGAAUGGACACAAAUACCAUCGUGAAUCCAAACUAAAAAUCGAAACGAUAUACAUGCGGUGACAUUAAGUCACUGACACGGUACAAAUUCUCUGUAUUAAUCAAGGACAGUGGAGGGGUCUGACAAAAUCUCGUAGAGCUAAAGCGUUCGUCUCAGGCAUUUUAUCAAACAGGUGGUGUGUCUGACAUUGCUUGAUAGACGGGGAGAGUGAGUGUGAGACUGAGAUGGAUGAAGAAAUAGAACGAUUCUUGUUGUUGUCGUCCAAGACUGGGGCUGAUACAAAAACAAAUGAAAUCAUUCUUUUAUCAGGCCCUGCUAAUUCAGGCAAAACUUCAUUGCUCUUCCAAUACGCAUUUAACUCAGCCAAGUCAGCUGCUCUAAUUCAUUCACCAACACAACCCUCGUCUCCGCAAGUGGUGUUCAUCUGCAAACGCCCCAAAUUACAAGCCAAACCUCCUCUUCUUUCCCAGGGGGUUGAUCCAUCUUCUCCUCUAUUUCACCUCAUACACAUUAAGUAUGUGGAACAUGUUCAGGGACUUGUCGAUUAUUUCUCUGCGUUUCACCUGUAUAGUCAAUUUCCUGUUACAGUUAUUGUUGAUGAUUUUGGACUUUAUUUUCAUGAUGAUCAUGAUUGCUACAACAACACGAACCCUCGUGCUCGUGGAAGAGACUUCACAAUGCUCAAAACUUUAGCGCUAUGUUGCAAUGCCAUUAAACAUGCCAAUGACACAGGCCACCCGUGUAAGCUUCUUCUCUCUGAUACACAUCAAGGUGAUAUGCCCAAGUUGCUAUACAUUUAUAGGAGAUGGGUCUCAUCCAUUUAUGACAUCAAAGGUGACUCUGGAUCAUUUCUUCUCCAAAGGAUUCCCUCUCAGAGUCCUGGCAACAUGGAUUUGCAGAAUACAACAAGUGCUAAAUACUCCAUUGCUCUCCAGCAACUGAUUGCGGAAGGAUCCUGAAGAUACAGUGACAUCACCGUAGGUGUAGCUACCUAUCACUCUAUUUUCUCAAGCUAUGUAGUGUAUCUUAUAAGCAGAUGUUUCUGUUGUUUUCUACAGCUCAAUUUUCUCUCUGCCAAUGCUCAUGUAUGUCCUUGUAUUGGUAGAAGAACAAAUAAAUAUAAAAAAAAUCAACUUAUUAAUUUGUAGGACUUGAUUCUUGAUAAGUUUAUCCCGUGAAAAUAUUUUGGCUGUGUGAUUAUUGGUUCUAACUUCUUACUGAGGCAGCAUGUGUGAUCUUGACAUGUUCUCUUCUGUAUUUCUUUCAAUAUUCUAUUGCUACCAGCAUCAGUAAAGCAUCCAUGAUCCCAUGCUUUUGCUCUCUUCUUUUGAUGGAAAUUGCAGAAUUUAAGUUAUGCAGGUGAAUAAGUCUCAAAUAAAAUGAAUGGGGUAAAUUCUUUACAGUCCAUCUACAUUAAACUAAGUAAUAUAUAUAUCUAUGUUGUGGACUGGGAGCAUUAAGUUCGACCUGUGUGUUCUAAAUAUCCUAGUGAAAUUACCUUGAUCAUAAAUGGGUGCUGUAUUAUUAGAUCGCUUGAAGUAGGAAUUAAACAUGAUGUUAAUUCUUUGCAAACUUCUUUAAGCAUACAAGCAGCUCAUACUAGCCGUAGAUACAUGCUCGACUCCUUUACAUGCAUAUACCCUCAGCUCAUAAUACACUAAGUUUAAAGUCUGAGAAACGGAAACUAAUACUUUAAAGGACCAGAUUUUGGCUGUUCAUACUCCUACCUAGUAGACUCCAGCCUGGUAUUCAGGCUCACAGAACUCUCCUCCUAGGUCGUCACAAGCCUCCCCCGGAAAUACCCUGUCAGAUUUGCCAUGAAAUAUUAAAUGUUAAGCAUUUAAAAGGUGUUCCUAUAUGUAGUUAGUUUAAGAAAAAGGAAAGGUCGGUUUAUACGUCUUGGAAGUGUUGUAAUCGAGAUACUCUCUGUCAACUAACUCCUCUGAAACAGUCCGUGGCUGAGUGCUCUUGAGAUCUGGUGUAAGUUUGACUUCUGGAUACAUUUCGACAUUGCAAGCAUCCCCUCCAAUGGUCUCACAAGCUUCUGCUGGAAAAACACUGGUAUAUACACUACUUAGAAAACAUGAUCAUAGUCUAGGAGUAUAUUUUAUCCUAGGUUCGUGCAGUAUGAAAUUUUUCAGUGUGGCAUUAUAUUAAAUGACUUACGAAGUCCUGGUGUUGUAAUCAACAAUCUGAGUGUUGUCCUGUAAUGAAGCAGAAAGCGUCUUGAGUUUAUUGAACUUGGGACAUUGUUUUACAGGAGUGAUGAUGGGGCUCCUAGAUGAUCGUUGAUGAGAUAUUACAGACUGUUGGCAUCUGAAGCUGAGGAAGGAUGAUGGCACAAAAUAUGUAGCUGCUGCCGGAUGCAUUCUUGUAUCUAUGCGACUCUUAAGGUAUUCGGAAUUAAAAUGUGAUGUUAGGAUUGGUAUGGGGGCAUAGUUGUGGAUAGAGGGAAAUUUAUUAGCAAAUUGAUGGGUUUGUUUGCAUUGUAUUCUUUAUACCUGUGAUUCUGAAUUGUGUGGAUAUGUCAAUGUUGAUAAGAUUGCCCAGAUAUUUUGAAAUAAAUGGAUAAGGUACGGCAUUCUCUGAGGCCUCA